CUUCCCUGUUAACAAAACAACAGUCUCUCUCUUUCAGGGUUUUGCCUCAGCAGACUGAUUCAUUCUCUCUCUCUCUCUCUCUCUACGUGCCUCUGAUUCACGAUAUGAAGGUCAAAACAAUAUCACGCUCCACAGAUGAAUUUACUCGAGAACGAAGCAACGAUCUCCAAAGAGUGUUCCGGAACUAUGACCCGAACCUUCGGCCUCAAGAAAAGGCGGUUGAGUAUGUGCGAGCUCUUAACGCCGCCAAAUUAGAAAAGAUUUUUGGUAGGCCAUUUGUUGGAGCAAUGGAGCAUAACGAAGCGAUUUCGUGUAUGGCAAAGAACCCUAAUCACUUGAAAGGAAUUUUUGUUGGUUCAGAGGAUGGAGAUAUUCGUCUAUGGGAUAUUACUUCCAGGCGAACAGUUAGGAAGUUUCCUGGUCACCGAGGUGCUGUACGAGGUCUGACAGCAACUACAGAUGGAAGUCGACUUGUAUCAUGUGGAGCGGAUUGCAUAAUCAGGCGAUGGACUGUUCCUGUAGAGGACUCAUCUGAAGAUUCUGUCAAGCCAGAAGAUUUUCAUAUUUCGAAGAAUGCAUAUUGGGGUGUUGAUCACCAGUGGAAGGGUGAUCAAUUUGCCACAGUUGGUGCUCAAGUAGAUAUUUGGAAUCACACUAGCAAUGCCCCUGUACGGAGCUUUCAAUGGGGAACGGACACUGUACUAUCAGUUAGAUUCAAUCCUGGACAUCCAGACCUAUUGGCAACGUCAGCGAGUGACCGCAGCAUAACAUUAUACGACGUAAAGACGACUAUCCCAAUAAAGAAACUGAUCAUGCAGACAAAGACUAAUUCUAUUGCUUGGAACCCAAUGGAGCCAAUGAACUUCACAGCUGCUAAUGAGGAUGGCAACUGCUAUAGCUAUGAUUUGAGAAAACUUAAUGAGGCUACAAUGGUACACACAGAUCAUGCUGCAGCCGUGAUGGAUAUUGAUUACUCACCAACUGGUCGUGAAUUUGUUACUGGAUCUUAUGAUAGAACCGUGAGAAUAUUCCGGUAUAAUGGUGGUCACAGCCGCGAAAUCUAUCACACAAGUAGAAUGCAAAGGGUAUUCUGUGUUAAGUUCAGCUGUGAUGCAAGUUAUGUUAUUUCCGGGAGUGAUGACUACAACCUUAGGCUUUGGAAAGCUAUGGCAUCAGAGCAACUGGGAGUACUUCUCCCAAGGGAAAAGAAAAGGCACGAGUAUGAUGAGGCUCUCAAGAAUCGUUACAAACACCUCCCUGAGGUCAAGCGUAUUUUGAGGCAUAGGCACCUGCCAUUACCAAUAUAUAAGGCUGCUGCUCUCAGGCGCACCAUGACUGAAGCUGCAAGGAAGAAAGAAGAGAGAAGGAAAGCUCACAGCGCCCCUGGAAGCAUUUCAAUGAAACCAUUACGUAAAAGAAGAAUUGUCAAAGAAGUUGAGUGAGUUAUAUAUAAAGCAGUGCAUGUAGGAAGUGUGCUUGUGCAUAAAUGGUUUUCUCAUAUUCGAUUCGGCUUGAAUUCCAUUGGCAAGUUACUCUUCAGCUCAACACAAGGUUCCAUCAGUUUCAUAACCUACUAAUCAAUAUGUCACGACUAUUGUAGUCCAAAGCAAGAAAAGUAUCAAGAUCUUUACAUUUAAGUUUUGAUGACCAAGUAAUCUUAUUGUCACUGAUGUAAUCUGUUGUACUUGUAUCAGAAUUAAGUUUUUUUUUUUUGGUUUUUUUUUCUUUUUUGGAUAGAUUUAUAAAGUGGUACACCAGUUGAAGCGGUAAUUAUUUUAAUUUACAAUGAGAAAGAAAAGGUUCAGAGUGCU